AUGGUUGUGGCUAAUCAGGUUCUGGAGCGUGGAGGUCGAGUGCUGGUUCUGGAUAAGGCUUCCUUCUGCGGCGGCAAUUCGGCCAAAGCCACCGCUGGCAUCAGCUUCCCAAAGUCUCAGGAAGAUGCCACUGGCAGCUUUCGGAAUGAUAUGGCGGCUGCUGGCGGCAGCAGUGCUGCCUUGUCCGAAAUUCUUGGUCGAAACAGCUUGCCAGACAUGAGUUGGCUCAUUGACAAGUUCGACCUAAACUUCGCCGUGGUUGCAAAGCACGCUGGGCAUUCACAUCCACGGACCUAUAGGAAUGGUGAUGGAAUGCCGGGUAUGACGAUCACAUACGCUCUGAUCCAGCGCAUCGAGAAGGUUGCUGAGGUGUCUGACAGAGCGCGGAUCGUCACGAAAGCUGAAGUUUCGAGACUGUUGCACCGGGCAGGAAAUGUAGUAGGCUGUGAGUACCAGAAGUUUGGGAGAAGUAGCAAGGAGUAUGGCCCGGUCAUCCUAUGCACGGGUGGCUUCGCGGCUGUCGGGCCAGGGUCUCUGCUGGCACAAUUCCGGCCGGACCUCUUGAAGCGCCCAACGGCCAGUGCGGAGCAUUGCACGGGAGAUGCCCUGAAGCUCGGUCAAGAAGUCGGCGCGAAGACGUUGGAUCUUGAGUGGGUGCAACUGCAUCCGACAGGAUUGAUCCACCUGGAUGAGCCUGAUGCUCCUCGCAAGGCUGUUGCAGGAGAGAUGUUCCGCUUGGCUGGGGCACUGCUGCUUGAUGCGUCUGGGGAGCGCUUUUGCAAUGAGCUGGGACCGGCAGACCACAUCAUAGAGGCGAUGGCAACACGGCCAGCACCUUUCUGGUUGUGCCUGAACACGGCAGCUUCCCGAGAGCUGCAACGUCAAUGCCGGGCGUUUACGCGGCGGAGGCUCAUGAAGUGUUACUCAUCUGGACGGGAGCUGGCAGAAGAGAUGAGGAUACCCGUGCAAAAGCUCGUGGAGGUGCACGAUGCCCAUGCCGAAGCAUUCCGUCGAACGCUGCGGGAUGCCGGAAGCAAGGAACGACCAAGCGCCGCAAGCACCGCAAGCACCGCAGAAGCACCUGCCGAGGGGCCUUGGAUGGGCUUGGACGGGCGCCACUCUUACGAUGAGGUCUCUGGGAAGCUUGGGUUCGGGAAGUGUGACUUCAAGAACGUCCUUGUCGGCUCCAGGGUUCCAGAUGAAACCUUCCACGCAGCACAAGUCACCCCAGUGAUCUUGUACUGUUCCGGGGGACUUGGGAUCUCGGCCCAGGCCGAGGUUCUGAGACAGGAUGGGUCACCGAUCCCUGGUUUGUUUGCGGCUGGAGAAUGCACAGGUGGUGUUCACGGCAAGUUAGCGCUGCCAGGGAAUUCCUUGCUGGAUUGCCUUGUAUUUGGAAGGCUGGCUGCGAAGUCAGCUUGCAGGUACAUAUUUGGUGAGGAUGACGAGUUUCGUCCAUGCCCGAUCCCGCAUGAAGGGCCAGCUGGGACGUUCGAAAAGGCGGCGGGGCACAGGAGGCCGGCGAUGGCUUCAUUUGACCAGCCAGAGUCUUACGAGUUGGUUUUGGAUGACGCCGCACCGCGGCAGGACCUUGGCGCAGUGUGGAUGCAAGCCCGGCAGCAGCAAACCUACAUGAGCCUGCAUCCAAAUCUGCCCGGCGCCGCUGUCUGGCACCUGUUGGGAGGCAACCACUGUAGAAGCGCCUUUGCUGCACCAGCCAAGGAUAUCCUCCACGCCGAUCUCAUUGUCGAGCCAUUCGACUCCGAAGAGAUCCUGGAGUCCUCUGCGAACACGCUAGGGAAAAAAGUGUCCUUCAAGGACGAGAGUCUACUUGCAUUCGCUUCUACGCGACCUUCUCCCACCGAGCCGAACACGCAAGUCUUGAAACGGGAGAGUGUUAAAGUCAGUUACCUUUUAGUGCAGCAAGCGGCAAAGCUUCGGCGGGCAAGGAAGCGGUUGGCCGCUUUCCUCAUUAAGAACGGCUUCAGCCCCGACGAUGUGAACAAGAUGAAGACCAGAUACCUCGGCUUGUCACGUACAUUCGCUUUGCACGAAGCUGCCAAGCAAGACGAUGCUCUAAUGGUGCGCUUGCUGUUGUACUUCGGUGCUGACUGCAGCAACAAGGACAGCUCAGGCCGUACAGCGUACGACUAUGUCAAGGCAAAGCCUGCAGACGAGGAGGUACGCCGGCUGCUGGAAAAAUAUGGCAGGCAGCAGUCUGCCUGGCACAGGAGUCGCUGCAAGUCCACAGCAAUCGAGUCAGCGGAUGACGUUGGUUCAUCAAUCUAG